AGUCAAAACGUAACACGUGAUAUUCGAUACCAAGCAGAGAGAAUCUUAUCAGAGCCGCGGUUAAAAUAUUCCUCUUCGUCGCGUUAUGUACAGUACCCUAAUUGAAGCUCCACGAGUUCACUACACGUUCCAGAAUGCCGAAAGUAUCGUUCAACUAUAAGGGACUGAUCACCCCAGUAUUUACACCCUUUAAUAACGACAGCGCAAAAACCUUAAACUUGUCGAUUAUACCGCAAUAUGCCGACCAUUUGGCGAAGAAAAAAGUCACCGGUGUUCUUGUAAAUGGAACGACCGGGGAAGGCCCAUCCAUGACUACGAGCGAAAGAAAAUUAGUUGCCGAGGCGUGGGCAAAUGCCGUCAAAACAACGAAGCAACAUUUGAUGAUUCAAGUGGGCGGUACAUCUCUUCCUGAUGUUCUUGAACUUGCAAAACACGCUGAAAACGUUAAAGCAGAUUCCAUUCUCUGUCUACCGGAGUUAUACUUCAGCCCAAGCACUUCUGAGCAAUUGAAGGAUUAUUUGAAGCUAGUCGGUUCGGCAGCUCCAAAUACACCGCUUCUAUAUUAUCAUAUUCCGAGCUUGACUAACGUCGAUGUGCAUAUGGCGCAGUUUCUUGAAUCUGUCGGCGAGGAAGAGAUACCAACUUUCGUAGGAAUAAAAUUCACAAGUUCUAGCUUAGACGAAGGUGCUCAAGCUUUUCAUGUUACUAACGAUAAAUUCGCCGUAUUCCUUGGAAACGAUCAGUUGAUAACCGCUGCUUGUGCAUUAGGAAUGAAUUCCUUUAUAACAACAGGUUCGAAUAUGUUCUCCGAAAUUGUACUCGAAACUCUUGCAGCCGGUCUUGCAGGAAACGUCAUGAAAGGAAGAGAAACGCAACAACGUUUGACAAACGCUGUGAUGAAUGUAUCGAAAUAUGGAACCUGGGUAGAAACUAUGAAAACAGCAAUGACUCUGUUAACGGGCAUCAAUCCUGGACCUCCACGUGCGCCUCUGAAACCUUUGUCUGUUCAAACUGUAGCAUCAAUGGCGAAAGAUUUACAAAAUUUAGGAUUUAAUGUAAAACUCUAAUGUAUCAAUAAUGUAUGAAAAAUAAUGUUUACCAUUAUCUUUUCAAAUAAGAUUUAUGCAAAAUAAUAA